CAUGAAACUGAAAACAUCUGAACUCUUUCACUUAUAAUAUAUUUUUUAAAAAAGUAUGUAGCUGAUAUUUUAUAAAGUACCUACUGUAGGAUAUUUAUAUAUAACAUGUAAUAAGAAAGAAAAAUAACUAUUAGCACGCUAGACAUUCAUCUUAACCAACGCAAAUUUGCAAGCAUUUCCAACUGUAACAUUAAGCUACUUACUACGAGUAUAUUUGUACAGAGAUGUCGUUUCAUCCUGAAUACCAUAGUUAUGCUACACAAAGUGCACGCUUAAAUAGUUUUAAAACUUGGCCCCAAGAUUUAAUUCAGAGCCCUGAAGAAAUGGCGAGUGCCGGUUUUUUUUAUACAGGUAUAAACGAUGGAGUAAUUUGUUAUUUUUGUGGAGGCAAGCUCAAGGACUGGAGUCGUGAGGAUCUGCCGUGGUCUGAACACGCUCGAUGGUUUCAGUUCUGUCCCUAUGUUUUACUCAUGAAGGGUAAAGAAUAUGUUCAAAGAGUUAUCAACGAGUCAUGUGAAAUAACUGAAAACCAUGAAAGGUGUGCACACAAUAAUAAAAUAUGUUUAAAAGCUGAUGUCAAUGAGUCUGUCGAAUAUGUGAAAAAAUCCAGACUUUUCUGCAAAAUUUGUUUUGACAAUGAAGUGACGGUCUGCUAUAGACCUUGCGGUCACGCUAUAACAUGUGCAAAAUGUGCACUAUCUUUAAAUAAUAUGCUUUGUCCAAUAUGUAGAACAGAAAUCGUUAAUGUGAUUAGAAUUUAUUUGUCAUAACGCUUAAGCAGUGAAAAAUCAGUCUAUGUCUUUACACGCUUUAUGUUUAGGUUUGCAUCGACAUAACGUGCAGUGUAAACCUAAAAGAAAUUUUAUUUUAAUUGUUCAGAUCGAUCGCGUGUACGAUAUCCAAUGAAACAUUGUAAUUUUAUUGUGUGUUUCAAGCAUCUGACUAAACAUAAUAUCAGAUCUCCGAUGCGCUAUUCGCGCGGACUAACGCAUGUGUAAUGGGAUCGGGUAUUGUGAUCAUUAGUAAACCAUAUUGGGGCUUCUACAUCAGCCGAUAAAAAACAUUGGGGGUUUUGCAUCAAUCGAGCGAAGCGAGAAGUGAUGCAGA